GAGCGCGAGCCCAGCGCACAUCUCCGCUCAGCCGAGGAGCAGCCGCGACUCUGACGGCAUCCGAGGCAAGGAGACGCGGCAGCUGAUCCGCAGUCAGCGGGGGAGGGGGGGAGGAAGCCGCUAGAAGAGCGGCACAGGCACGGGAGAAGUCGCGAGGUGAGCGAGCGCAAGGACCACAGCCAGUGCUCUCCACGCACUGACCCACUCGCUUUCAGAACACGCAGGACCUUUCCACGCCCGGAGGAGCCGAGCCAUGGAGGAGACGCUCACCUGCAGCCGGAGCCCUUUCUCCCAGGUGUUCGGGCGUCAGGGUCAACUCAUGCAAGCCACUGUGCAGUCCCUGAACAGCCUGAACGACCAGAUUGCCAGCUUCAUGGUGACUGGACCCAAACCCCUGGAGCAGGAGGAGCACGUCUUCAUUCCCCCCGAGAAGGAGACCCUGCAGAAGUCCAUGACCCUGAUGAGGCACCUCCUCGUAGAUGCUCAGGCAAAAAUCCUGAAAAUGAUGGAUGACAACAAGCAGCUGGCCCAGCGCAUCGAUGGUGCCAUCCAGUCAGCCAGCCAGGAGGUGACCAACCUGCGGUCAGAGCUGAGCGCCACCAGCCGCAGGCUGGCUGAGCUCGGGGCUACGGACUCCUCUGCCAGCAUGCUGGAGACCCUGCAGCACAACCACAACGAUCCAUCUCCCCACACAAGGCAGAAGCCGCCGGCCACUGACCUCUGCUACAAGACUGACAUCAGCAGCCUGAUGGACUUCAACUCUCCGGACGCCUCCCUCGACAAAGUCCUGCUGCGUGAGGAGGUGGCCCAGCUCCAGGAGGAGGUGCACCUGCUGCGGCAGAUGAAGGACAUGUUGAGUAAAGACCUGGAGGAGACCCAGGGCGGCUGCUCGGCCGACGUGCUCUCGGCCACCGAGCUCCGCGUGCAGCUGACCCAGAAGGAGCAGGAGCUGGACCGAGCCAAGGAGGCCCUGCAAGCCAUGAAGUCGGACCGUAAGCGCCUAAAGGCGGAGAAGGCCGACCUGGUCAACCAGAUGCAGCAGCUUUACGCCACGCUGGAGAGCCGAGAGGAGCAGCUCCGCGACUUCAUACGCAACUAUGAGCAGCACCGAAAAGAGAGCGAGGACGCGGUGAAGGUUUUGGCCAAGGAGAAGGACCUGCUGGAGAGGGAGAAGUGGGACCUUCGCAGGCAGACCAAGGAGGCCACCGAGCACACGGCCAUGCUGCGCUCCCAGCUCGACCUCAAGGACAACCGCAUCAAGGAGCUGGAGGCGGAACUGGCCAUGAUGAGUAACUGUGUCAAUCAGAGAAUGGAGUUCCGGGUGUUUGAGCGGCUUGUGGACAGGGACGGCUCUCCUAGGGUCGUGGCGGCCAAGCAGUCGCUUGCCACGCUGACCAAGGACGUGCCCAAGCGUCACUCUCUGGCCAUGCCCACGGAGACCGUCGUCAACGGCAACAACCAGGAGUGGGUGAUGCAGGCCGACCUGCCCCUGACCGCAGCCAUCAGGCAGAGCCAGCAGACGCUCUACGUCCACGCGGUGCAUCCCACCGACAGACAAGUGGCUGCCGUGCGGCUGAGCCCCUGUCACUCACGCCAGCCCUCCGUCAUCUCCGACGCCUCGGCCAUGGAGGGGGAGCGCUCGUCCACGCCCAGCGACAUCAACUCGCCGCGCCACCGGACCCACUCCCUCUGCAACUCCCUAGAAGAUCUGGAGGAGGCGAAGCGUAAGAAGAAGAAAGAGAAGAUGGGCCUGGGCUCUCUGUCGCGCGUCUUCGCCCGGGGAAAGCAGCGGAAGUCCCUCGACCCGGGUUUGUUUGAUGGUACUUCAACACCUGAUUAUUACAUAGAGGAAGACGCAGACUGGUAAAGCACACGUGUCCGAGGCCAACGGCCCAGAGAGCCUUUGCCUUUGUGCCAGUUAUCAGAAGACAGCGCUGUGUGGGUGCGUGUGUGUGCAUGUGUGUGUCGGCCACGUGGAGGUGGGAGGCGUGAAGUGUAAACCUUAACGAUCAAAUUGCACCUGUAUGUAUGUACAGUCCUGUAAAUAGAGUCACCGGUGGAGCACAGCGAUAUGUGGGUCUGUUUUACUGUAUCGGCUGUGUUGACGGAUCUUUUAAUUGUUCUUUAUAUUUGGACUUUUUGUUUUCACUCAACCCGGAAACUUGAAGGACUGCUGUACGUGUAAAUAACAGUUGAUGUACACUCUGUGCGUGUAAAUGUCUCCUUGUCCUGAAUGCCUCCUGUUCUUUUGACCUGUAACCCCCCCCCCCCCUCCGUCACCACCCUUUAACUUGAACUCCUCCCCCGUUUAUUGUCCUGCCUGGUCCAUCCCCUCCUUCCACACCGCCGUGACCAGAAAGCACUUUCCUGUGGGCGACACGCAGACUCCUCGAGUCCGCCUCUGAUUCGGUCCUACAACAGAUCCGUUUGCCACCGACUGAAGUGGCGGCGCUCCUUGAUGUUCGCUCCGUGAAACUUCAAAGGUGCCGCCGGAGCAAGGAGUGAACUGUGUGCGCAGAACGGUCUGUUCCACGGCGCGACAUGUGUUUUCUAUCUGUACAGAUAGAAGGUGCGUGACCAAGGUCCAUGUGUGACAUGCAUGCGCACAGUCCCAGUCCCCCCAGUGCAUGCUGGACAAACCCUGAACACCGGUGUGUUUCUCUGGAGAAGGUGACACAGUGUCUGUUAAAACAAAGAGAGGUCAGUUAUGGACUUCAUGAUGUUUAUUCAUGACGCCGACUCAUUAUAAAUGAAACGAGGUUUGCAAACUUGACCCUGCGCUCGUCUGAAAAGGCUGCGAUUUGUGUUCGAGGGCUUCCCGUACAGAACGUUUUAAUCUGCACCCACGAGGCUCUCGAAAGGGACAAUUACAUUUGAAACAGUAAAGGUCAUCGAAGUUGUCAAGAAAAGCCAGCGCUACACUGUGAAUAAUUAAAUAGUCAAUCCAUUUAUUCCUGAGGCUUUGUUGCUCUUUUGCUUUCGGUUCAGGCUGUAGUAGCUUGUUCUAACAUUAGCCUCCGUUACGUAAGACCACUGCAGAUGUUAGAGUCAAGGUCGAGGCUUAACCCAAACCUUAAUGUUGAGGUGAUUCACCAGGACACCGUAGCUUCCGUUUGGAGCGGACGCUCAACGGCUGCAGCAUAACGAACCGUUAUAAUGAGCACCGACUGUGAAGCGUAAUAAGAAAGAAAAAUAACCUUGUGAACUCAAAAAAAAAAAUCUGAUGCACAGGUCAGGACGCUGAAAAAGCCAAUUAACUGUGUGCCAAAGGUUAAUAGCGUUCGUUAAGGAAAAAGAACGGCUACAGACAGCGGAUUAUUUUCCCGCUGUCGUCGGACUGGGCUGGAGUCUGCACCGCCCCCGCAGGAAAGCGCUUCUCUCCCUGAUACUGAACUAACACUGGGCAUUUGUUAAUCUCACCUGGAACAGCGGAGUAGCAAAGAGAGCGUCCUCGUCGGGCAGGGAGGGGUCAGAACAGAACCCGUGGCUCAGCCUGCGUUUGGGCUCACAACAUAGAGUCCCUCUAGGAACCACAGCUCACCCAGUCCAUCUUUAACACUGCGUGUAUUUAAGUCUAAGUUAUUUUGAGUUUUUUAUGUAACCGACUUCUAUGAUCCUCCGCUUGAUGGGGGACAAAAACAUAUCAAGUGAAAUAUAUUGUAUCAUUUUUAUCAUGUUUUGAGCCACUGUCUUUUUUUUCACAAAUAUUUUUUGUAAAUGAGAUAGCAUUACACAAAUGAAAUGAUUAUUAUUAUUACAGAGUUUUAUUUAAAGUUCUAGAUGUACAGUAGGCGUCAUUGGGGGAUUUCUAUUGUGAAGUCCUGAGAUGUUUAGAAGUGGAUAGUAGUGAAGUUUUAAAGGCAUGGCAACAAAAUUAAGCUCAAAAGAACUAAACGAGAAAAUAAGAUUAUUUUAAAAUAAAAUAAAUACCAGUGAAUUUC